AUGUCAAUUUUUUGCCUCAUUACGUACUUGAUGAAAAGAGGCACUCAACGAUUCGCUGGCCAGCUCGCCACUAGAUCAGGACCAAGUGGCCGGAAAGUUCAAAACGAACUGAAUUUGAUUCGGCCACCAGGUCGCAUUGAGUUUUCCGGCCACGUGGUCUCAAUUUUUGUCAUCCAAAAAAGAAGGAAAAGUGUCUGUUUGUAUUCAAAACAGUCAAUUUUAUACUGUUUUUUGACAUUCAAAGGUUUCGAAUACUCAGAAAAAACAGAAAAUAAGCCAAUUACUGCGAAAAUGUUCCGAUUCGCAAGUUUUUUGGACUUCAAUUUUAUUUUUGCACUGUGUAAUUUUAUUUUUGCACGGUGCAAUUUUAUUUUUGCAAAAAACAAUAGUAACUUCGACAUAUUUUAUAUAAACCUUUUUUUCAGAUCAACAACAACAACAAUUCGAAGUGGGUCAAAUAUUUCGAGCGAUUUUGUUCCAACAAAUUUGAUCUUAAAAUUGGUAAGUUUUGAAAAUUGACAUGAAUAUCUGGAAUUUUAUCAACGAUGAAAAAUUUGGCAGUACGUAAAUAGAAAAUUAGCGCUGAUGAAUGAAAAUAAUUCAAUGUUUCUGGGGCGUUGAAAGCGCUGCGUUAGAGCGUUGCGGUUGGAAAACAAAAAAUACUUCGAAUUUUCAUGGAAUUGAUCAAUGAAAAUUUUUGAUCUACUCUCCCAUGUGUCUGAAUCUCUCAAAACGACUCAAUAUUUUUGAUCAAACUAAAAACACUUGUGUUGUCGUUCUUUUGAUUCGUCAUCCAACCGCAAAGCUCUCAUGCAGCGCUUUCAACGCCCCAGAAACAUUGAAUUAUUUUCAUUCAUCAGCGCUACAUGUCUAUUUACGAUCUGCCAAAUUUUUCAUCGUUGAUAAUAUCCUAUUUGAAACUGAUAAAAAAUUGUUUAUAUUGAUUUUCUUUGUGAAAAUCUUGAAAAAUGAUUGAUUUUAUCAGUUCCAAAUUGGAAUUUCAGCGGAGAUGUGGAAGCUAUGCCCAAUUUUUGAAUUUUAAUAGGAAAACUUUGAAUUUCAAAUGAAAACAAUAGUAACUUUGAAAUAUUUUAUAUGAACCUUUUUUCAGAUCAACAACUUCAACAAUUCGUAGUGAAUCCAACUUAUCUACCAAUGUUAUUACUGAUUUGGUCUCGAAAUUGGUAAGUUUUGGGUCAAUUUUUUCCCAAGAUAUUUUUCCCAAAUUUUUGUAAAAAAAACUGUAAAAAAAUUUGUCCACAUUCACUUUUCUGGGCGUUAAACUAAGCCUAAGCCUAAUUCUGAAAUUAAUUCUGAAUUCUGAAGUUGAAGCCAAAAAUAAGAUUUUUUACAUUUUUCUAUUAUUCUUUCUAGGUUUAGGCUUAGUGAACCCUCCUGGAAACAUACAGACUUACUCAGGCAAAUCGUCCCACCGGCGCAACACCAAAUCUCCACUCACUCAACACCGUUCUUCCACCGGUGGGCCAACCGGUGGGAAACCGGUGGAGCUUCGGUGUUCCACUGGUGGGAAAAGGGGGAACACCGGUGGAGUUUUGGUGUUGCACCGGUGGCGUUCAGGUGUUCAACCGGUGGGAUUUAGGUGUUGCACCGGUGGGUUUGGAAAAGUUUUUGAGAGAAAUUUAUUUGUUUUAUUUUUUUCUGUUCAGAAUGGAAUAUUUGAAUUCCUUUGAGCAAAAUUAGUUGGCCAGAGCGAACUUUCUGACUAUCUCUUUAGUGAAGAGACAAAAAUUCUCCUGACAAGAGAAAACCUCAAUAAUAGAAGCAUUUUGAAGUUGAAAUUCGCGGAUUUCGUGGAAGGUCAUGUAGUGAGUUCACCGACGUUUCGCGAGGCGCGCGCGCCUCUAUGUUUUUGAUAGGCCGUUUUCAAUGCUCGUCUUCCAUUUUACCAACACCGGUGGAACACCAGAUGAAAGGUGGACAACCGGUGUUGAUUAGGUGGGAAACCGGUGCUAAUUAAGUGGACCACUGGUGGGCUAAAAAAUGUUGAAAAUAAAAAUGUAACGGUGUUAAUCCGGUGGGAAGUGGUGUUGCGCUGGUGUUAGAACGGUGUUCAAUCAGUGUUAGUUGAGUGGAACACCGGUGUUUUUUUCUAUUUGGUGUUGCGCCGGUGGGACGAUUUGCCUGAGUUACCGAACAUGUGAAAAAAAUACCACACUAUACACAAGAAAAACUUAUUUUUCUAGUAGAUUUUUUUUCACAGACCCCAUUUUAUAAAAUUUCGGGAUCCUUGGGAAAAAAAUUAUAGAACAAUUAAAAGGUGGAAAAUGUGUUCAAAAACUGAUUCCUAAAAAUUGGUCAUUUCUGAAAAUUCAAAUAUUUUCGCUUUCAGAUAUGGCUUAUUGUGAUUCGAUUCAAUUUCAAUUCUUCCAUCAAUCGUAUGUUUUUCUGUUCAAUUUCAUUGUUUUUUUUCACUGAAAUUCUCAAUUUUUCGCAUAAAAGACGAGAAAUUGAGAUUUUAUUUCUAAAAUUUCAGUUUUAAUUAUUUUCAGAAUCCAACUCUCUUCUCAAUCGAUUCCUUUGAAAUUCUUGAGCUAAAAUGGGAAUAAAAGUAAGUUUUUUAUUGAGGAUUGAAGUUAUUGAGCGAAUUUUCAACUAAACUUUGAAAUCGCGAUAAAAAGUCUUGAAAAUAUGGAAAAAACUUUGAAAAUAAAAAAAUGCCACGUGGCAAUUGAUUUUUGAUUUUUUUUUAAUUUUUGAAAAAAAGUCGAUAAUGAAAUGCCACGUAAAAUUGAAAAACAAUAAAUUUGUACGUGACCUUUUUGAAUCCACGUGACAUAACGAAUUUUAUUUCUUGUUUCAAAAAUCAAAUUAAUUGAAAACAUUUCGAUUUCUCAGUGAGUUUCAGGAUUUUCUCUGUCUGAAAAUGAAAAAUCAAUUGUCACGUGGCAACUAGAAAACGUUGAAAAAUUCUAGAAUUUUUUUAAAAAUUUUCAAGAAAAAAUGUUUAAUCAUGAUUUUUGAUAGAAAAAAUCUGAAAUUACAGAAAUUCUUCAUUAGAUUUUAAUUUCACAAUUAUAAAUUGAUUUAUUUUUCAGAUCGAUACAUAUUUCCGAUUUUUGGUUUUGCAAUUUUGAGUCAAUGACAAAUCCUGGAUUUACUGGUCAGUUUUUAUAUGAAAAUUUGAAAUUCGAUUGAAAAAUAGUGGGGAUGCGGAAGCUAUGCCCAAAUUUUGAAUUUUUAUUCACGAGGAAUAGAUCCCAAUUUGACCUCCUGAAAAAGUUUGGUUGUAUGUUCAAAUUGCAUCUUAUGGGGAGUUAUGAAAAACCCAAAGGGGAUUUUGUAAGUAAAAAUUUCUUUCAUGAGAAUCCGGAGGUCGAAAUUCUGAAUAAUUUCCAAAAAGACUAAAAACCUUCUAUUUUUGAAAUUUCGUAACUCAGCUCAAACUCAACGAAAAAACUCGAUCAAAACCGCAUUCUAGAUUAAUUUUUUGAAUUUCUCAUCCAAUUUUACGUAUUUGAAUCAAUUUUUAAAAAAAUUUUACUGUGGAUUUUUCAAAAAAAUCAAAAUUCAAAAUUUGAUAACUGUACUCCAAAACAUCCGAAAAAAAGGCAAUUCAAGCUUCAAAAUGCGGUUUUGAUCGAGUUUUUUCGUUGAGUUUGAGCUGAAUUACUAAUUUUCAAAAAUAGAAGGUUUUUUGACUUUUUGAAAAUUAUUCAGAAUUUCGACCUCCGGAUUCUCAUGAAAGAAAUUUUUACUUAAAAAACCACCUUUGGAUUUUUCAUAACUCCCCAUAAGAUGCUAUUUGAACAUACAACCGAACUUUUUCAGGGGGUCACAUUGGGAUCUAUUCCUUGUCAAAAACUUUAAAUUUUCAAUGAAAAAAGUUAAAAAAAAACAAAAAAAAACUGCGAAACAUGUUUUACGUGAACCUUUUUUUCAGAUCAACAACUUCAACAAUUCGAAGUGAAUCCAACUUAUCGACCAAUGUUAUUCCUGAUUUCGUCUCGAAAUUGGUAAGUUUUGAAAAUUGACAUGAAUUUCUGGAAUAUCCUCUUUGAAACUGAUAAAGAAUUGUUUUUCUUGAUUUUCAUUGUGAAAACCUUGAAAACCUUGAAUUUUAUCAGUUCCAAAUUGGAAUUUCAGCGGAGAUGUGGAAGCUAUGCCCAAUUUUUGAUUUUUUUAUGGGGUGAUUCAGGUCGAAAAAAAAACUAAAAAAAAACGUUUUUUUACAAAAAAAUUCGAUUCAGCAAAUGUCAAAAAACUCUAUUUUUUUCCACACAAAAAUGAGAGAUAUCUCGCAGCGAAAAUGUUUCAAUGAAAAAAAAUGUCAAAAAAUGUCGAGAAAUAGGAAAAAAAAUAUAGUUUUUUGACAUUUGCUGAAUCGAAUUUUUUUGUAAAAAAAUGUUUUUUUUCAGUUUUUUUUUCGACCUGAAUCACCCCAUUAGAGAAAAACUUAUUUUUUUUUUAAUCAAAUUCAAUUUUUUGUUCCAGAUUGGCAGUCUACAAAUGCGCUCAAUCAAACAAUCGAUUCGAUCAUAUAACAAUAUAACAAAGUAAGUAUUCAUAUAAAAAUAAAAAAAGAACUUCUGAAAUAUCCAAUUUUAAACUAAUAAAAUUCAGAGUUUUCUUGAUUUUUUAUAUGAAAAUCUUUAAAAAACCUUGGAUUUUAUUAUUUUAAAAUUGGAAUUUCAGCGGAGAUGCGGAAGCUAUGCCCAAAUUUUGAAUGAAUACUUGUUUUUUUUCGAUAUGAAAACAAUAUUUCAUUUGCCAAUUUAGAAUUUUCGUGGAAGACAACGACUAUUUAAUCCUAUUUUUUCAGAUUGCGACAAAUUCUUCUCAUUCUCCACUUGCCACGUGUCAAUCAUUCGCAUUGGAUUUUUCUAAUUUUUAAAUUAUUAUAUUGUUUUUAUUUUCAUCAGGUUCUCCUUUUGCAAGUCUCGCAGAAAAGCCGAGACUUGUACAUUUCGCAGGUUUUUUUGUUUGUUGUAGUUCUUCUAAUCUACAGUAAUCUGGCAUAGUUUUGGAAAUGUUGGGAUUGCUGUAGAUUUGUCGCAAGAACUACGGUAUCCGUUGUUUUCUGUCAUCCAAAACUACAGUGCGUGUGACCUUAUUGUAAAAUUACAAAAGGCAUUAGUUCACGUAAUGUAUUUUCGGCAGAUUUUGAAUAGGCCAAGAGCGAUGUUUGAGACAAAUUCCACUUUUCGUGAAAAAUUUGUUCGAAAAUUUUCAGAAAAUAGGCUGUUUUUUUCGGAUUGAAUCAGAUUUUUUCUCUCGGAAAAUUUGAAAUUUAGGAUAAACUAUUUUUUCGACGUCUCGUAAAAUAGUUUAUCCUAAAUUUCAUUUCAAACAUGGAUUUUUCUGACAAAAAUCUUGAGCCACUGUGAUCCACGAAGAUUUCUGACAAAUUUACAGCACUCUACGAGACAGAAUAACUGCAGUUAUUAACUGUACACCGUUUUACGACACUGGGGUACUGUAG